AUGAAGGGCAGCCGCCAAACGAGGCCGCUGCCGCCACCCCCUGCAGUGGCGUUCCCUGCGGCGGCCACCGAUGACUACUACAAGUUGCUUUCGGUGAGCGGCGGGAGCGGCGCGAGUAGUGAGGAGAUAAAGAGGGCUUAUAGGGCCAUGGCCUUGCAGUAUCAUCCCGACGUUUGCGGUGACCCCUCCAUGAAGGAGCAGUUCACCAGGAUUUUUGUUCGGCUCAAUGCUGCUUACAAGACGCUCUCAGACCCGGUUCUGAGACGAGAGUACGACGACUCCGUGAUGGGGCUGGAGAGUUUCCCGCGUGGAAGGAGCUUUGAGGGAGACAAAAGCGUGUGGCAGUGGCAGAUUAUUGAGCUCCAACGGCGGUCCGCUGAUCUCCGGAGGGAUCGGUCCUCGUGGGGUGCUCGAAUGCGGGCGCAAAACUGUUAUGAAUAUGAAUAA